GGAUUUCUGAGUGACUUUAGUCUUUCCCUCUAUCUUCCCCACUCGACAAGAAACGCGAUCGAUCGUUCCGAUAUCGCUCGCGGAAAUCCUCAACGCAACAGGAUCGAUCCAUCUACCUCGUCUUCUCUUCACGUAGGGAAUUCGAGGGCUAAAGCUGCAAAAGUGGGCCUUUUUGCAUGUUGAGAUUAUUGCGAGGAGGUGCACAAUGUUUAGCCGGCUGUUUGGGAAGCCCAACGAAAAGGCAUAUGACUUGUCUACGAUGGAUAAACUCUAUGAGACACUUGCUAUGUUAGAGAAAAAGGAACAAGCUCUGAUGAAAAAGGUGGCUGCUGAGAUAGAGAAAGCCAAGGAGUUCACCAAAGCAAAUAACAAGAGAGCUGCUAUACAAUGCUUGAAAAGGAAAAGACUUCACGAACAACAAGUCGAACAGCUUGGGAAUUUCCAGUUGCGGAUUCAUGAUCAGAUUAUAAUGUUGGAAGGUGCAAAAGCCACAACAGAGACUAUUGAUGCACUGAGAAUUGGAGCAGCAGCUAUGAAGACUAUACAGAAAGAAACCAACAUUGAUGAUGUCGACAAGACAAUGGAUGAAAUUAAUGAGCAAACUGAGAACAUGAAACAAAUUCAGGAAGCGUUGUCUCUUGGAGUGGCAGCUGAUUUUGAUGAAGAUGAAUUGGAAGCAGAACUUGAAGAAUUGGAGGGUGCUGAGCUGGAGGAAGAACUGCUUAAACCAGCUACAGCUGCACCUGCUCCACCAGUCCAGGAUCCUUCUGUUAAACUUCCCACUCAGCCUAUGCCAAACAAAAAUACAUCUGAAGAAGAUGAACUUGCAGCACUCCAAUCUGAGAUGGCCAUGUAG